AUGAGUUCCAUCGGCGUCGUCGUCUUCCGCAACUCGCCGCUCGGCAAGUCGCAGGUGCUCCAAGAAUCCGUGAAUAAUACCGUGAACAUAACAAACAAUGAUGCCAAUCAAAACUCCACACGUGAAAUUAUAAUAGUCAGAAAGAAGCCAAAAUUCCAAUCUGUACCGGCAACCGUGUCAGUGACGUCAUUAGUUCGUGCUGCUGAGCCUGUAACGUCAUCAGCUCCAUCGGCUAAGAAAUCUCGUCCUAAUGAAAAUAGUGCGGAAGAAUCAGUGCGGUCUCCAACACCACUAGCAGUUGCACGUCGAAAUGCGCGGGAACGUAACAGAGUGCGCCAAGUUAAUGAUGGAUUUGCCGCUCUUCGACGACAUAUCCCUGAAGAAGUCGCGUCUGCCUUUGAAAAUGCUAACUCUAACCGGGGAGCUAACAAGAAGUUAAGUAAAGUGGAAACUUUGCGUAUGGCAGUGGAAUAUAUACGAAACUUGGAAAAUCUAUUGAACAUUGGCCAUGAUAAAGAAAAUACAUCACGCCCGUCAAUGGAAUCGUUCCCUUCUCCAGCAUCCUCAUCACCGAGAGAAAAUAGUCAAGAAAGAAGUUACUACAUAAUACAUUCUCCUGCUGGUGACGACGAUGACAUGGAUGAAGAUGAAAUUGACGGUGCCCAUCAUCUUCGACGACAGCAAUACGUGGAUCUACAAGGAAAUGAACAAUUUCAAUUAGUGGCCACCCCUAAUUUGUACGAGGAAGAAGAAGGUGCUGGGCAACCACUGACUCCGUCAUCCGACCUUCUUGGACAUGAAGAUAUAAAUCCUCAUCUAAUGGAUGGACAUUUCGCGUUUCCUAAUUCAGCAGAACAGUUCACAGUUAUUCCAGAAAGACAUUACCUGAACGAAGCUGAUGUGAAUGUGAACGACAAUGAUUUUGAAGUAAAAUAUUCUGCAAUAAUGAAUCAGCAACUAAAUCAUAACUUCACUGAAGAUACCAGUUUGCCAUCGAUUGAUCCUGGUUUAAUUUUAACUCACAACGAUUACAAAUUCAAAGCUGAAGAUAACUCUUUUGUUCAAGAUCAAUUUAACGAUGACAUUGAAUUAAAAAAAGAGCUUCCAGAUAUUCAAGUGACACCAGAAGACAGAGAACAAUUUGAGGAAACCCUAAAAUGGUGGCAAGAGAAAACUAAACAGGCGCGAGUUUUGAAAAAUAAUAAGAACUAACUAUAAGGAUUUAUUGUACGUAGUUCUUGUGUAGAUAAAUUUAAUUCCAGAUAUUUAUUGCUGUAGAAGUGUAGUGUAGUAAAACAUAACAUACAGCUGUUGGUGCCAAAGUCGGUUGAAGCGCGGGCGCAAGGUGUGUCGUAACGGUCAGGCGAGCCUGCACUUCAAGCUUUGUACAUUGAUCGUGUCAUUUAUGUUAUUCUAGUAAUGUUACAUAGUUCAAUGGCUUAGACUUCAGUGUAUUGUAAUGUAGAAGAGAGAAAACCUCUCAAUAGUAGGUACCUAGUUCAAAUAUUGUAAAUAUGAGUACGAAAGGGCACCUCUUUAUACAAAUUGAUUAAAUAAACUCAGUGCCUUCUAUUAUAAUAAACAUUGUGAUGUUAGAUUUUAGUUACUUUAUGAC